CACCAGUACAAUUUGACUUAAAACUUCUACAAUUAACACUUGCUUUAAAUUAGAUAGAUCUUGUAAAUGAGAAUAAACAACAUCUUUUAUGAAUAAUAUUUACCUAAUUAAAGAAUCUGAUAACCGUUUUUGGAUUAAAUCCCUCAAACUAAUGGGUCAUGUUUUAAUUAUUGACGUGUAACCUUAAUUGGCGGGAAUAAAGAGAAGGUAAACACAAUAUUGACUUUUUAUAUUUAAGUGCAUAGUGCUUAUUGCAAUAAAGUCUGCAAUAUACUCGUUUGAUCUUCAUUAUGCAAGCAUUUUUGAAAACGGGCACCCUUGGUUCAAGUACCAAAGAGAAGACAGAUGCACUUCAAGGCAGCUCUAAAGAAUCCAAACAGAAGAAGAAACACAUCCCAUGGGUAGAGAAAUACCGCCCCAGGACGGUGGAUGAUGUUGCAUAUCAAGAGGAGGUGGUGGCUGUCCUCAAGAAGUCACUGCAGGGCUCAGAUUUGCCCAAUUUGUUGUUCUAUGGACCACCAGGCACAGGAAAGACCUCUACUAUCCUGGCUGCUUCCAGGGAACUGUUUGGUGACAUCUACAAGACGCGUGUGUUGGAGCUCAAUGCCUCAGACGAGAGAGGGAUAGCCGUGAUACGAGAGAAAGUGAAGACGUUCUCCCAGCAAUCUGCUAGCAGUGUGAGGCCAGAUGGCAAGCCAUGUCCCCCUUUCAAGAUUGUCAUUCUGGAUGAGGCAGACUCCAUGACAGAUGCCGCCCAGGCUGCACUGAGACGCACCAUGGAGAAAGAGUCAAAGUCAACACGUUUCUGUUUGAUCUGCAACUACGUGAGUCGUAUCAUAGAACCAAUCGCCUCCAGGUGCGCAAAGUUUCGCUUCAAGCCAUUGGCUGAAGAGAUCCUCAAGAAACGACUGAGGCAUAUCUGUGAUGAGGAGAAAAUAGCCUGUGAAGAUGAGGCCCUGUCGGCCCUUCUGUACACGUCGGAGGGUGACCUACGUAAAGCCAUCACGUUCCUGCAGAGUGCCUCGCGGCUCAAGGCAGAGGAGACAAUAACACAGGCAGAUAUCUACAACAUCGCUGGGGUGAUUCCAGAUGAUGUUCUUGACAGCCUGAUCACUGUGUGUCAUUCCAACUCCUAUGAGAAACUGCAGGCAAACGUACAGGAGUUGAUGAACGAGGGCCAUGCUGCCUCUCAGCUCAUUCUGCAGCUGCACGACAAACUGGUACAGCUGGAUGAGCUUACUGACAAACAGAAGUCUGUCGUUCUGGAGAAACUAGCUGUAGUAGACAAGUGUUUGAUGGACGGAGCUGAUGAGUUCCUACAGUUGAUGUCUCUGUGUUCCAUACUCAUGCAGCAGAUCUGCCAACCAAAUAAAUGAACAGUUCAAGUCUCCAAUUAUAAUUUUUGCCUGUGUGAAAUGUUUUGCAAUGCAUAAUUUAAAAUAAAAUGUGUAUCCUGCCA